UCUUAGUUGAUUCGAAAUAUUAAUAAAAGGUGUUUUUUGCUCUCUAUUAGAUAUCAUUAAUCUAAGAUUAAAACGACCGAAAAAAAAAAUCCAAAAUAUUUUGAAAAUAUGCGACAUGACCGUUCAUUUAAGUGCAAAUGACAGACAAGAUUCUCUAAAACGAUCAACUGCAAUUUGUUUUCAAGUAUAUAAUCAAUACCGCGAUAUAUCCAAGGCUUAUGUGUGCGACUACUAUGUAAAGAAUCAUUGGAUGAAACUUCCAGGGAGUUGGAAGGAAUAUUUAGAAGGAAGAACAGUAGAUGAAAUCGCGAGUCUACUGGAUACAUCAGCUUCAACCAAUCACUCCGGAUGUCCUUUAUCAAUUUUAUGUUUAAAACAAAUUAUAAGGUCCUACACAGUUCCAAGGCAAAAAGUUGAGAAUGGGGAGAAAUUCUUUAGUAAGGAAUUCAGAAAAUAUCUUUGGAAGAAUGUCAAGUUAAAGAAGAGACAUGAAAUUUGUUCCAUGUCCUCAAGUUGCAACCAAAAUGCUUUAAAAACAGAUUGUUUUUAUAUUGUUGAUGUUGGUGCUGGAUUGGGGCACCUAAGUCGAUUGCUUGCUUAUGGUUUUGGUUUCAAAGUUUGCACUUUUGAAGCAAACUCCACAUUAACUGACACAGCACAAAAAUUUGACAAACAGUUUGAGGCAAUGUUAAAACUGAAACAAAUCCCUCAUGAAAAAAGUCAUGACAUUGUUCAUAUAAGCAAAAGAAUCGAAAAUGAUAUGUCUAUAACAGAAUUCAUUUCAUUAGUUAAGAAAGCAUUUGCAACUAAUUGCCCAAGAUUUAAAUUUGGAAUUGUUGGACUUCAUCCUUGUGGAAACUUGGCUUCAACACUUCUUAGGCUGUACAGGGAAAGUGCUAAUAUUGUUUUCCUUAAUAUAGUUGGCUGUUGUUAUAUGAAAUUAUCCCUUGCUCCAGACACAUUUAGGGGAUUUCCACUUAGUACUUUCUGCAGAAUGAAGGACAUUAAUUUGGAUUAUACAAGUUGUGAAACAGCAUGCCAUGCAAUUGAAAAUUAUAUAGAAAAAAUCCGACAAGGUGAUCAAAGCCUCAGAGUCCAUUCAUUUAGAGCAGCCCUGGAAGUGCUUAUGGUGAAAACCGAUCUGAAAUUAGCCCACUCGCAAACAGCAAACGUGAAAUACCACAAAGACAUGUGUUUUGAUGAAUACUGCAAGAAAGGUCUAAGAGAUGUUUAUCAAAAAAUCAACAAGGGAGAUAUCGAGUCUUACCAAAGCAUUGUUAAUGAUACCUGGACCAAAGUUGUAAUAUUUUAUUCUAUUAAAAUUCUAAUAGCACCGUUGAUUGAAUCAAUAAUUUUAUAUGACCGACUAUUAUAUGUUUUGGAAUCGAAAAGCGAUUGUGAUAUUGUACCUGCUUUCGAUUGUAAAAUAUCCCCUAGAAAUCAUAUAUUAUAUGCAACAAAGUUGCCAAUAAAUUAACGUUAAAACACAGUUAUUACUUGUCCACUUUGUCCACCCUGUAUAUAUAAUAACAGAUUUUUAAACGCACUUUUGCCUUUCCGUUUUUUUUUUUUGAUAUUUUGAACAGAUUGUGAGAUACGUUAUCCCAGA